AUGCCAAAAUACGCCAAAUUUCUCAAGGAGCUUCUAACUAACAGAAGGAAUAUGGAAGAAGUGAAGAAGGUGGUCCUAAACGAGAACUUUUCAGCUGCUAUGUUGAACAAACUUCCUAAGAAGAAAGGAGAUCUGGGAAGUUUAACAUUGCCAUGUCAAUUUGGAAACUUGGCUACCAUUUAUGCACUAGCUGAUUCAGGGGCAAGUGUGAACCUCAUGCCUUAUUCAUUUUUCAAAAAUUUAGAUCUCCCCGAGCCAAGACCCAUUCGCAUGGCAAUCCACCUAGCAAACAAAACGGUUACAUUUCCUAGGGGAAUUUGUGAAGAUCUUUUGGUGAAGGUGGAAAAGUUCGUGUUCCCUGCGGACUUUAUAGUUCUAGACAUGGAAGCGGAUCCCCAAGUCCCGAUCAUAUUAGGAAGACAUUUUCUCAAUACAGCAAGCGCUAUAGUCGACAUGAGAGAUUCUAAACUUAUCCUUCGGGUAGGAGACGAAUCAGUCACUUUCGGAGUCGAUCAAGCCAUGAAGCAUGCAAGGAUUAGUGAUGACACGGCGUUUUCAAUCGACAUGUUGGAAGAUUGGAAUGAAGAAAAGCCAAGCAAGUCCACCGUUUCAUUUGAAGAAGAGUUUGAUGCUGAAAGGGACCUGAUGGAGUUAGAAAGAUUGCUCGAGGAAGCUGAGUAUGACGAUCUGAUCAGAAGUGCAGAAAAACCGACUCACCGAGUAGCCUCGACCGACUCGGCGAGUCCAGUCGAAGAACCCCGUACAGUCGCGAAAAUUACACUGGAAUCGACGAGUCCCCUUACUGGACUCGAUGUGUUCAACAUACAGAACACAAAAACUGAGCUCAAGGCACUACCAUAUUACUUGGAGUACGCAUUUCUUGAAGAUGGCCAGCAAAAACCUGUAAUUAUAGCUGUUGAUUUGGCCAAACAUGAGAAGGAGAGCCUUGUGGGUGUACUAAAGAAGAGGCAAGGUGCUAUAGCAUGGAAGAUAACCGACAUAAAGGGAAUUAGUCCAGUCUAUUGUUCCCACAAAAUCAACUUAGAAGACGGAUCAAAAGAUGUAAAGAAGACUCAACCCGAACAUGCAAGAAGUUGUGAAAAAGGAGGUAAUGAAAUUACUAGAUGCUGGAAUCAUUUAUUCGAUCUCCGAUAG